AUGAUGGACAUAAAAGAAAUUAUUAAAUGGUUCAUACCGUGCUUUCACAUACUUAGGAACUCAAGUAAAAUGGACGCGCGGUUUGUUUGCGUGGUGUGCUUGGUUAUUUUAAAUAGUGCUUCGUGCGCGAAUGUCCGCAGUGAAAUUACCAAAAAUGUAGGAAUAAGUUUCAAUUAUAAUGGUAGUAAUAUUCAAAAUAUGCAAAAUGGUUAUUUACCAGCUGUAUCAGCUAAUAAUAUGGAGCGCGAUGGAGUGUUGGAGAAUUCUGUAGGUCGCACCUUCGGUCGCCCUUUCAAGAAAAUGGCGCAGGCUAUGAUCCCUCUGGCGUUCCAAGUGGGGGCGGCCUCCACGUGGGCCGUCAUAGCCGCCAUCGUCGGAGUCAAGACCUUAGCCGUGGUGCUGCUCAUCCUCAAGCUGUUACUGUUGGCUGGAGCAGCGAAACUUGGGGCUCUGUUCGGCGCCAAAGGCCAGUACAGCGUGGCCUGGGAGACCCCGUAUCCGCACGCGCACCAAAAGGAGAUUCAUUUACACAUACACAACGGACACCACGAGCUCCACGACGAUAGCGCGCUAACCUCCUGGAACAGAGAUGGCGGUGCGGGCGUUCAAGAUGUGAACACGAAUGUGUUAAUGGAUCCUUACGCCGCCGGGCCCCAGACAAUUAGCACUCCUUACGGUAACUACGUCAAAGUAGAACCAGCCGCUAACAAUGGAUUGACUAAUAUUUUUUAA